CAGAAACUGAUCGGCGUGGACGACGACGACGAUGGCAGCGCGGAAUGCUUGCAUGGUGGCAUGGCUCUUCCUCGCCAUGACGAUGGUCUCGUCCUUGAUGGUAGUCGUGCCGGGCCGGUCGAAGGAGUGCUUCAUCGAGUACGUCAAGACGAAGCGCACGGCCUUCCUGCGCAUCGCGGUGGUCGAGAGCCAGGAUCUGUACGACAUUCGGCUCACGGCGUAUGGCCCGUUCGCGACGCCGCCAACCGAAGAGCAGGCGGACAUGAACUUCUUCAAUUCGCUCGUGACGACGACGCCGCCGAACGAGAACUCGAACGACGUCCAGCACAACGGGUUCAACUUCGACACGGAGCACCGCGGUGGGUGGUACAAGUUUUGCCUCGGGAACGAACACUCGUCGUACGAGGGCAAGAAGGUCGACUUCUCGACCAACUUUGGCCUCACGAAGGAAGAUGAGCUCGGUCACGAAGACGAGUGGGAAGCCGCGACCAAGCAAAUGCACGUCGAGACCGUCAAGGGGUCGCUCGAGCACCUCCGCGAGCUCUUCGACCUGAUCAAGUACGAGCAAAACUACUACCUCAUGCGCGACAAGCGCCACCACAAGACUGCCGAGAGCAACCAGUCGCGCAUCUUUUGGUACACGUCGAUCCAAGUGCUUCUUGUCGCGGUGGUCUAUGGCGUCCAAAUCCGCCUCCUCAACCAGUGGUUUAGUGGCAGCGGCGGCCUCCUCUCGACGACCAGCAGUCGCCAAUGGGCGUAAUAUAAGAACUGACUGUGAACACGAGAUGGUGCACUUCGCAGCG